UAAUAUCACAGCUUCAAGAAAGGAUAUCAGAUCUUACCUUGUAUCUAGAGGAGGAAAGGCUCAACCAUAAACAGACAAAGCUCAAGGCAGAUGAAUUUCUUAAGGACAAAAUCGAGGAGUUGGAAAAUGCCAGAAGAAAUGCUUUAGCAGAUAAAGAAAGGGAAGGUGAGGAUGAGUUACAAAAGUUGAAGAAAUCCAUGGAAACAGAACAUACCAACUAUAAGACUAAUGCUGAAGCUCAAAUUGCGCGUAUGAAAAAGGAGAUUGAGUUUCUGCAGGGAGCAUUUGAGUCCUAUAAGUCGUCCCUACAUCAGGAAACGGAGGAAAAAUGGAAACGGAAAGAAGAAGAUCUGAAAAACGAUCUCGAAACGCAGAAAAAUAAAGAAUUACAGGAAAUGAAACAAAAGUUCAUGCAAGAGAAAGCAUUAGAGAAAAGUCAAUGGAGUAAAGAUCAACAUAGGGCAAUUGAUGCAAUACGCAAAGAAAAUAAAAGAGAAAUGGAUAGUUUAAUAAGAAAGUUCUCCAAUGUAGCAGCAGAUUUAGAAAGGUUACAGAAAUGUACAGCAGAACUAGAGGAAACAAAGGUGGAGUUAGCCAUCGUGACAGAGAGAUACAAUGAGACAUGUCAACAACUAGCCAAAAUUACAACUACGCUCACAGAUACGAAAGUUCGGUUGUUUGCAUUUGAGGAACAGUUUGAUCAGAAAGUUCAAGAAGUAGAUGAAAAAUACAAGGCAAAAAUAGAUGAGCUGAUGACUCAGAACACAGAGUUAAAACGCUUGUAUGUAAGCAAAUGUGGUGAGCUUUAUGAAGAGAAAGUUUUGUUCGAGAGAGAUCGUCAGGAACGCGUUAUGACAGCCAAAGAAACCAUGCAUAAAAUGUUGCAGUCUAAACAUAAAGCUGAAGUAAGCCUUACCCCCGGUUUGAAGGAGAUCGAAGACAAGCAACGACAGCCGAAAGUUCGUCCAGGAAGUGCACCGAUCACUAAAACAGAGACUGAAUCGGCUGCAUUAAGUGCCGGAGAGACUGAACAUCUCAAAUCUGCAGAAAAUGACAGUGUGCGUCCGACUGUGAUUUUACCGGAAGAUUCAGCAGAGAUCGAACAGCUCCGGAAAUCGUUGAUGGAGGACGUAAAAUCCAUGCCGAAGGAAGAAUUAUUAAAGACGGUGUCCGAUUCAGUAUCUUGAGUAUUGGAGGACGUGUUAUCUUUAAAUUAUUAGCAAAAUCCCUUUGUGCCACACUAUUACAUACGUCACACAUAUUUUAUUUCGUUCAAAGAUCUUUUCAGAACAAGACAUAAAAGGUUAUAAAAACCC